AUGAAUUUCAAUGCGAAUAAUUUCAAAUAUGCAACUGAUCUAUUACCUACUAUAGAAAAAAAACUAAUCAAUGAUGGUUACGUUCGAAUACAAUUUAGUGCAAAUGAUCUUCCAAAUGAUAAUGAUGAUCAUCAUCAUCAAAUCAAGAAAAUUGAAUCUUUCUUUGUUGAUUUUAUCAAAAACUUAGGUGGUGAAUGCUUGACUCAUAAUGCUGAAGAAAAUUCAUUUGUCUGGCAUGUACGACCAUUACCAACAAUUUCGGAUACUCAAUAUCCUUUAGCACGAUCUCAUACUGAUGAAGAAUUUCCAUUUCAUACGGACUGUUCGUAUGAAUCAAAUCCACCAGAAUACAUUGCAUUGUUUGUCUUGGAACAAGAUCAAUUGGGUGGUGGACAAUUUGAAAUCAUUCAAGUAUCAGAUAUUGUUCAUAAUUUAUCCGAAACAAGUAAAACAAUUCUAUUAACGGAAAAUUUUAAAAUUGCUGUUCCAAAAGAAUUUCGUAAAGUGAAUGAUAUCGAUCACAUUUAUGGACCAAUUCUUCUAGAUCAUAAUGAAAUUCGUUAUCGACCAGAUAUUGUUCUCAAUGAUAAAUCUAAUGCAUUCAAUGAACUCGAAUCAAUCGUCAAUAAAGUUCCAAGAUAUUCACUAAAAUUCGAAAAAUAUACCAUGGUUCUCUUGAAUAAUCGAAAAUAUCUUCAUGCACGUACAAAAAUUCUUGAUUUUCGUCGUCAUCUACUUCGAAUUCGAUUUAAUAAACCAGCUCCAUACAAUAUUUUCUCUCUUUGUAAUGAAACUACAAUACGUCGUGACUAUUUAACAUUCUCACAUACUUUACUCGACUAUUUCAAUGAGCAACAUACUCGUUUAUACAAGACGUUGAAGCUUAUUGUUCAACAAUAUCAUCAACCAACGGAAAUAGGCGCAGAAAUUCGACGUACAUUUCAAUUUGAACCAAGAAUUCAUAAUCUUCUAUGUGAAUUGAAUAUUCAUCGUCCAGAUUUCGAUAUUGGAAAUUAUCGACCAGAUGUUCUCUUCACUACAGGACAUCGUUUUACUAUGAAUGGUAAACAUCGAUUCGAACCAAAAAUCUGUGAAAUUAAUGGUCGAUUUCCAUGGAAUGGAUAUUUGUUUUCAGCUGCAAUCUGUUCUGGAGAUAAUAAUAAUCAAAUUUCAAUCAACUUCAACACUAUGCUCGAUACUAUCAUUGCAUCAAUUAAAUUAGAUACUAGAAAAUCGAUAACAAUUCUUAAAUCAAAAGAACAUGGUUUUGAUAUAAACCUAUUUCAGACAUACUGGAUCAAUAAAUAUCAUCAAACUUGUCAUGUAAUUCAUCCUGAUCAAGUAUAUGUUAUCAAUGGACAAUUAUGUAAUCGAAAUAAUGGAUAUCCUAUUGAACAAUUGAUUAUGGAAUUACAUCAAGAUGAAAUUUUAAGUUUUUCAGAUGAUAUUCUUCAUACCUUUAUUUAUAAUACUCAGCUACGAUAUAUGAAUGAUUUACGAACAAUUUUUCUUGUGCAUGAUAAACGUAUGUUUUCUCUUCUAUCUAAUCAAGCAUUCUUAAAUGCACUUUGGCAAUGUGAUUAUGAGCAGACAAAAACUUUGACAGAAUUGAUACCUACUACAUAUGUUAUUGGUCAAAUGCCAUCUUAUAUUCAAGAAUGUGUCUUAAAAAUGAAAAAUAACUGGUGUAUCAAACCAAAUCUUGGUGGUAAAGGCAAAGAUAUGAGCAUAGGUAUAGAUGUUUCCAUAGAAGAUUGGUCUCGUCUCUUGUUAGAUCGAAAUCAUCAAGAAUGGAUCAUUCAACAAUAUCAAGAACCAGUUCAAUACGAAUCUAUGAAUUUAUCAGGCAUGUUAUUUUGUUGCAAUAAUCUUUUUUUCAAUCUUGGACUUAUUCGAUUAAGUCCGAACAAGAUCGUCAAUAUUUGUAAUGGUGGCUAUUUCAUUCGACCUUUUGUUUAUCGUCGAUAUAUACAUUGUUCUUAUGAACAAGACGAAAUUCUCACUAAAGCAAAACUACAUGAACAAUUAGAACUGUCUAGAUUGACUCAAACACACUGGAAUCGAAGCGUUUAUCUGUCGUCGUCAGGUGGUAGUGGUGGAAAACGAUUGUAUUUUGCGACAGAUAUUCGAGAGAAUCAACGGCAACGAGAGAUUUUAGUUGACAUGAUGCUUUUCAAGAAUGUUCUCUCCGAUAUUGAUGUUUGUCUUAAUCUAUUUCAUUGCAAUAAUAUGUAUCGAUCGUUAGAAAUUUUCAAUGACUUCUGUUCAUUGGCUAAUUGUACGGUCUUACCUAUGGGUUGUGAUGUUGAUGAUGAUAAAGUUCUCAAGAUCAUUGAAUAUUUUCGACCGAAUGUCCUCAUGGGUACACCUUAUCGACUUAUGCAAUUAGCUCUUUUUAUUGAAAAAAAUUAUCCAACAAAUGAAAAAAUUCAUUUUGAAAAGAUUUUCUUUGGUGGUGAACCAUUAGAUAAUCUCAAACGAGAUUAUUUCAAACGUAUUUUUCAAUGUUCAAUAUGUUUGGGUUUUUAUGGAUCGGCCGAAGUCGGUGUCAUUGCUUUUCAAACGCAUGAAUAUUCUAACACUCAAUUAUAUAUCUAUCCAAAAGAAUUAGUACAAAUUGAUAUUGUUAAUGAACAGAUUAUUGUAACGAAUCUUGUUCGACGACAAAAUCAAUUAAUUCGAUUUAAUACAGGAGAUCUUGGUCGAUUAAUACUGGCCGAUGAUACUGAAAAGUAUGGAUUGAUUGAAAUUUGGCGAAGUCAACGAUUAUUAGUUCUUGCUCCUGGUGCAAUUAUGAAAUCGGAUAUUGAAGACUUUAUGAAUCAAUAUGAUCUUAUCGAAUGGCAAUUAAUCAUAGAAAAUGAACUAGAUAAUAAUAAUAAUAAUAAUCGAACAAUAUUAACAUUUCGUUGUGUGGAAACUGUGAAUACGGUUGUCGAACAUAUGAAAGAACAAGUGAACAAUUAUUUAACACGUUGUUUAGGUAGUUCGUCUUCGAUCGAAGAUCAUUUGACUAUUCGAUUCGAAUCAAUUUCAUAUGAGACAUUGAUUCGAGAUCAAGUAUCGAAUAAGUUGCUCAAAAUGAUCGAUAAACGAUCUUAA